UGUUCCCCACCGUCAUGACCCCACCAAAGACAAAAACGGCAAAAGAAAUUGUUGGGUUGGAACUUCUCAACCUAAAUUCGCGUUGCUAUUCCUUAUGAUGCACUUUUGGGGUGUCGAAAGACCUGGGAUAGUGCGCUGAGAGCUUUUCCUCCCCACUGCCAUGUCUAUUUUGGACGGUCAUCAGUGUGUAUUUUUUCAAGUUCAUUAAUAUUCAUCCUAGAUUGAAGUCUUGCUAGGAUGUUCUCAAGUCGUGGAUGAAAGAACAAAGGAAACAAAAGGCCGUCAUGUGGCACUCCGGUAGAUAUUUGAAGGCCAAUUUUGGCUCGAAGCGGAAGUCUAAGCGGAAGCUCAAGCGGUAUGCCACAUCCAACAACAAUACCGCACCAAUAACGUCUAAGCGGUCCGUUGUAUAUAAGUGGGCAGGAUGCUGUUGUGUAAUGGCCCAGCAACGGACUUUUGAAAUCCAGAUCGCUGACGGUGUAAUCGUCACGCUCACUACCUGCGUUCCCGGAACACUCUAUAUAUCCUUUCCGGACAAUACGCGCGAUAGCUUCGAGGCUACCAAUGUGCUAGAACCUGUCGAGACUCCGGCGGAUUAUACCAUUCCAAUUACAAUUGACACCCCUUUCACACCGAAGGAUCUUGACUACGACCCGCAACAACCUCCACACGCAUGUGGCAUCAUCCCCGAGAUACCUCAGCCAACUCGCCAGCAGCUGAAGACCAUGUUGCAGGAGAACAAUAUCACGCCUCUCGACAACGCCCACAGAUAUGACAACCCGCCUCCACCAGAGCUCUUCGACCCUUACGAAGCCUUGGUUGACUACGAAGAUUGCAUGCGUGUCUGGUGCAAAACCUCUGUUGACGAAGAUGCGGAGUUCAUCGAAGAACCCAUGGUUUCCGGCGACCAAAUCACCGACCUUUCUGUCGACGAAAUCCUCACACUCCUCCCAGACACACCUCUAGGCCUCCCAUGGGGUAUCACUCCGUUUUCUUCAGUCAACUACCCUCUUCUCGUACACCACGCUCAACAGAUGACCUCGCAGCACAUCCGGAAAAUGCUCAAGACUCAUCCCUAUAUUGGUGGACCCCGGAACUUUUCACCCAAAGGUCGAGAUUAUCCUAUUCCUGGCAAGUUCCUGCAUAGGCUUCUUGCUCUUGGGUGGAUAACCGAUGAGGAGGCUAAAUCACGUUGGCUUGACAUUGAUUGGUUUUCCCUGCGCGAUUACCGUGCUUACCUUGCCAAGAAAGCUAACGUUGGUAACGGGAAUGGAGAGUUUCUGAUCGUGAACAAGAAGCGCAAGGAGGUGUUUGAUGGGACAAUGGAAUCUCGGGAACGUAUUUGGAAGGAGAAGAAGAAUGGCGUUGAGUACAAGAGGCUCGAUAUGGAGUUGAAGGUGUUAAUGAGCGAAGGGCGGGAUCAGGAUGCAGCAGUGGCCUUCUAUGAGAAAUGUGGCGCCGCUUAUGUUACUCAAGUUCCUCCCAAUGACAGUGAUGACACUGGUGGUGAUGUUGUGCCGAUGGAAAAAUGCUUGACUGCUGUCGAAGUAAGGCCGAACACCUUACCUAUUGCGCAAACACCCUCUCCGCUUCCCUCAUGUUCCCAGCCACACUUCACUUCACUUCACGACUCCACCGACACUCUCCCUCGUGCUCAGAGUCCUGAUGCAGAUCUCAUACCUUCAAGAUCUUACAAUCCUGUCACUUCUACUGUCAUUGAUGGCGCCGAUCUUGCCUCUGGCUUCGACUAUGACACUGAUGAGGGUGAUACUGGUGAUUUGGAAGUGAUGCAAGUUCAGAUGACCCUCUCCCAGUUCGAUAAUCAUCCGGGCUUGGCUGUCGGUUCUCAAGUUCUGCUAGAUGCUCUCAUUAACAGCCCCAGCCACAAGAGAAAGGUUUCCGAUUUGGAGGAUGACCAAUCGGAUGCCGCCCAGAAGAGAAGGAAGAUGACAUCCUCCUCAUCACCUCCUUAUACCUCUCCUCAUCCUGCCAUAUCCCUCAACAAACGUCUUCGUGCCCCUCUUCCCCGAACUCCAACUGCGCCCCUCUUGCAACCCAUCCCUCUGCCCGAUGUUGCCCGUCUGUCCACGCCCACGAUUACGUCCGCUGGCCAAUCUGCGGCCGAGUUUACCGCUCGUUCUCCGACUUCUUCGCCCAUGGUCAGCGAAUUACCAUCUACUCCCCGAGAACCUGGUAUUCGCAGGGAGUUAGACGUGGCUGAGGAAGAUGUCGUUUCGCCUGCGCCGCUCAGACGCUCUGCUAGAAUCGGGACUUGUUCGAGGUUGUCUUCCCUUGGAACGAAGGUCAAGAUGGAGAUCCUCCGUAGUCCUCUUCGGCAUCCGAAGAGAUCGAGUAGAUUUGUCAAAACGAAGACAGGGAGAAUGGAGAAAGCGGCAAAAAAUGGGCGGGC